UUCAGGCUCCUGUAGCAGUUAGGAGACUAAGCAUGGUGGCUGGCAUGUUAAUGCCCCUGCAGCAACUCAGGGCAAUUUAUGAGCUGUUGUUUCGCGAUGGGGUUAUGGUGGCCAAGAAUGAUCGUAGGCCACAGAGUCAACACCCUGAACUGGGGGAUGUCACCAACCUGCAGGUGAUCCAAGCAUUACGCUCGCUGAAAUGCCGCGGGUUUGUGCGGGAGAGUUUCGUCUGGAAACAUCAUUACUGGUACCUGACAGACGAGGGGAUUCGCUUCCUCCAACAAUUCCUUCACUUACCCGCGGACAUUGUUCCGGUGUCACUGCACAGAGUUCCAAGGGCCACGAGGAGAGCGGCCCCACCUCCGGCCCGACCCUUACCCAGACCCCGUCCUGCGCCCAGGGUCGAGGGUCAGUGGGAGAGUCGGGAGUAUCGCCGGAUCGAGGAACUGACAGUCGAGAAGGUGACUGAGGUCAAACUGGAGCAGAAAAUAGCCCCCAGAGCAGGUUAGCCAGCACUCCUCUCUCUGUCACUGUCUCUCUAUCUCUCUCUCUCUCUCCCAUGAUAAUGACUGCAUGUUGCAGAUGACUCACAUCCUGAUUGAGUUUCCGGGCCUAGUCCUCCUCAACUGCUCCUGUGUGUGUGCAAAUCUCCCUUAGCACUGAUCUGCUGACAGUGCAGCACUCCCCCAGUACUGACAGUGCGGCACUCCCCCAGUACUGACAGUGCGGCACUCCCUCAGUACUGAC